AUGUAUGCAUGCAUGAAUAAAACAGAAUGGAAAGUACUGAUCAUGAGAGAAGCUCGCCAGAACAUGCACUUGGUGUUUGGUUUGGUUGUCAAAACUUACGGUAAAGCACUUCCAGCAUUGAUAGGGAAGUUCUCGCUCUGGAAAGUAUUUGCAAAAAGGAGCGCUCAGCCAAAUGAUGUUACACAAAAUAAACAUUUGAAACAUAAAUAA